AAAUCCUAACCCUCAGUCAGCGUUUCUUUGCCUUCUUUAAUACUUCAUUCCUGUGUAAACCCCACGCUUGAACCCUAAUUUUGGAGAAAGGUGCGUUCUCUGCCCCUUGUUACUGCCUCGCUUAUGCUCCCGGGUUAUCGUUUUCCAUGAAUUUUACACUUAUAUCCGGUAUCGUGUGGUCUCAGGUUUUCGUUUGGUUAAAUUAAUGCAAUGCAAGAUUCUGAGUGCAAGCAAAUUGUUGCCGGUUACGGAAAGCGGUCAGAUGAAGACGGAGAAGCAGAGAAAUGUUCAGAGGAUGGAGCAGACGGAGAUAAUUCGGAUGAUGCACCAGUUAUCGACAUAUCUGGGAAAGCAUGGGAAGUUGCUCUGUUGGAUCAUUCUAAGGAUACAUCCAAGGAGUUGUACUUGUACAGGAACGUGUUCACUUUAAUUCCUCAGUCUUUGGGGGAAUUAAGGCGAUUGAAGACUCUAAAAUUCUUUGCGAAUGAGAUAAAUUUGUUUCCGUCGGAGACUGGGAAUUUGGUUGACCUGGAAUGCUUGCAGGUGAAAGUCUCAUCUCCCAGCUUGUCAGGUCUAUCUCUGCACAAGUUGAAAGCUUUGAAAAAUCUUGAACUUUGUAAAAUACCACCGAGGCCUUCGGCAUUUCCUAUAUUGAGUGAUAUCGCAAGCCUCACGUCCCUGACUAAACUCUCUGUUUGCUACUUCUCUAUCCGAUAUCUUCCUCCAGAAAUUGGCUGCCUCGCUAAACUAGAGUUUUUAGACCUUUCAUUCAAUAAACUGAAAAAAUUGCCUAUUGAGGUUACUUCAUUGACUUCCUUGAAGUCAUUGAAGGUUGCCCAUAAUAAAUUGGAUGAAAUACCUUCCACUCUGUCCUCUCUGCAAAGGCUGGAAAGUUUGGACUUGUCAUAUAAUCGGCUCGCAUCAUUGGGCUCUCUCAACCUUGCGGUGAUGCAUACCCUACAGAAAUUAAAUCUUCAGUUCAAUAAGCUUCUCGACUGUUGUCAAAUUCCAUCAUGGAUAUGCUGCAAUCUGGAAGGAAAUGGAAAAGAUACAUCCAAUGAUGAAUUCAUCAGUUCUUCAGUUGAGGUGGAUCUUUUAGAUGCUUCUUUUCAGAAGAUCAAGGAUCUUCCUUGCACAAGUUCUCCUAAUAUAUCGUUGAGUGCAUUGAGUGAUGCUUCGUCAAUCACUAGAUGUUCCACAGCUCGGAGAAUGAGGAAGGGGUGGAAGAGACGUGAUCAUUUGCAGCAGAGAGCUCGCCAAGAAUGUUUAAAUAACAGUAGGAAAUGGAAAACUAAGGAUCAUGAUGACAUUAUGACUAUUAACAUGGCCACAAAAUGUGCACCAUUUGCCUCUGAAUCUCUUGUCCAGACUAGUGCUACGGAGAUUGAUGAAGAUAACAUUGAUAAGCUUUCUGAACAACCCAACCCUCACAUUAUGCUUACUCGUGUUGACGAGAAAAUUGGCUUAAGUAAAGGGCAAAGUACCAAAAGCUGCCCAUGCAUUUCCUUUGACCCUAUUGAUAUUUGUAAGGAGUGCAACCACGAAAAUCAGGGGCAAACCACAUCCUCAGUUGGUUCACUAGAUAGAAUUGAUGAGCAGAACACAUCCUCAGUUGGUUCACCAGAUGGAAUUGAUGAGCAGGACGAGGACUCAUCAUCAGAAGCAUCUAAAAAUAACCCAAAGUCAAAAAGGCAUUCAGAUAGGGACCUUGACAAUCCAAAGGCAAGCAAGUCUAGGAGACCGACCAGUGAUACCUCUAAUUUAUCAUGCAAAUAUAGCACUGAAUCAUUCUGUAGCAUUAAUGACCGUCUACCAGAUGGUUUUUAUGAUGCAGGACGGGGUCGCCCUUUCAUGUCACUUGAAUGUUAUGAAAGUUUGUGUCAUGACUCACGUGAAGUAAUACUUGUGGACAGAGAAAGAGAUGAGGAGUUAGAUGCGAUUGCAUUAUCUGCUCAGGCAUUGGUAUCUGGCUUGAAGCAGUUGAGAGGUUCAGUACAAGAAAGGGAACGAUUCACUGUUGGUAAUCUGCAAGUUGCAUCAGUGCUUGCCUUAUAUGUUUCAAGUUGUUUUGGUGGCAGUGAUAGAGAUGCUAUUGUUGAGAGGACACGGAAAGCUGUGGCUGGAUCAAAUUAUCAGAAGCCUUUUGUAUGUACCUGCGCAACUGGAAACCACGAUGGUGAUAAGAAGUCCACUAAAAAAAUUUUGGGCAGUGAAUCUGAUUUCAUUGAAUUGUCCGAGAAAUCCCUAAGGUCUAUCAAGGAAGCACGCGGUUCCAAUAUUGUCCCUAUAGGUACUCUUCGGUUUGGUGUCUGUAGACAUAGAGCAGUGCUUAUGAAGUAUUUAUGUGAUAGGGUGGAACCUCCAAUUCCUUGUGAGCUUGUGAGAGGCUUUCUGGAUUUCAUGCCCCAUGCCUGGAACACCAUUCUUCUCAGGAGGGGUGAUUCAUUUGUACGGAUGGUUGUUGAUGCAUGUAAUCCAACUGAUAUAAGAGAAGAGACAGAUCCAGAAUAUUUUUGCAGGUAUAUUCCUUUAAGUCGAAUUCUUGUUCCUGUGAUGACUGAAAACAUGGUUAGCUCCAUUUACUCUUUUCCUUCACUUUCAUUAUGUGAUGAAAUUGAGAAGGCAGCAUCAAGUUCUCUAGUCCGGUGCAAAGUUGGGUCAGUUGAGGCUGCAGCAAAGGUGCGUUUUAAGUUUGUCCAUUCAAUGGAGGAAAUGAAGAGGUUUGAGUACACUUGUCUAGGUGAAGUGAGAAUGUUAGGGGCUUUGAAGAAACACUCCUGUGUUGUAGAAAUUUAUGGACAUCAGAUCUCUUCUAAAUGGCUUACUCCGUUGGAGGGAAACAAGGAAGGUCGUUUAUUACAAUCGGCAAUUGUGAUGGAGUACAUACAAGGGGGUUCCUUGAAGAGUUAUCUGGAGAGUCUGACCCGAGAUGGUUGUAAGCAUGUCCCUGUGGACUUGGCAUUAUUUAUUGCUAGAGAUGUUGCCUGUGCAUUAGCAGAGUUGCAUAUUAAACACAUUAUUCACCGAGACAUAAAAAGUGAAAAUAUUUUGAUUGAUUUGGAUAAGAAGAGAGCUGACGGCACUCCAACUGUCAAGCUCUGUGAUUUUGACAGAGCAGUUCCUCUUCGAUCAUUCUUGCACACUUGCUGUAUUGCCCAUGUUGGAAUACCUGCUCCUGAUAUGUGUGUGGGAACACCUCGCUGGAUGGCUCCGGAGGUGCUUCAGACAAUGCAUAAUCAGAAGAAGUAUGGGUUGGAGGUGGAUAUCUGGUCAUAUGGGUGCCUACUCUUGGAACUGUUGACUCUGCAAGUCCCUUAUGCUGGAUUGCCAGAAUCAGAAAUUCAUCGAUUACUUCAGAUGGGUGAGCGGCCACUGCUGACGGAGGAGCUGGAAAUAUUGAGAUUUUCAGAGGAGCCUGAAAGGACUAGAUCAUCGAGGGUAGAGCGAGUGGAUGCAGAGGCUGAAGCAGAAAUAAUAAGAUUCCUGGUCGAUUUAUUCCGCCGAUGUACCAAAGGGAAUCCUGCUGACCGACCAACAGCAGAGCAACUCUAUGACAUGCUGCAGGCCCAUGCCAAUUCCUUCUUGAGUUCAAGAAGCUACGAACUCGAAGCAGUUUGGCUUUAGAGUUGACCUGUAUACUAAUCUAUCCGCAAUGUCAUUGCCCACAAUUUUGUAGCUCCAACAUCUACAGCGUCUAUUGUUUUUUAGCCAUGUUCCUCUUGCAAUUCAAGCUUGCUCUUGUAGUUUUGUUUUUC